GAAUUCUUUCCUCGCGUAGCCUUCAAAUCACGACAAGUUCAGGGAUAUUGAACAAUUGGGUGGUUCAAGGCGCCACCAAGCGAGUUCGCCUUUUUUGAGCGCAGCGUGGCAACGACAUUUCCGAGAAGGAAAUACGUUGCGGGGAUUUAAAAAUCGUGCGCCUUAUGAGACUUCUAUGACCGCGCGGUCCCGAAGCGCGCGAGUUCGAAUGAAGGGGAACGGUCGCAAGCGUUAGGGAUCGUGGCGUGCUCGACGUGCGUGCGCCAGUCGGUCCCUGAAGUAGGCAUCCACUUGCGACCCCCGUGGUCGAUUUCAAAUUUCUAUAUCGCGUGUCCGAGAACGUGAGCUUCUUGAUUUGCCGUAGCGGUGAGUUGUGGAUGAGAACACGACGUGAGCAAGUGCACGUCGUGAGUUCUGUUGCUGAAGAGUCUAACCCAGCGUCCGACUCGUCGAGACUAAUAUUUGUGAAGGUUUGUUUGCUCAUGGUCGAUGCUUCGAUUCCAUGAAGCGAUUGUUUAAUUGUGACCGUCGUCAUCCCCAAACGUUGCACUGACAGCCAAGCGAUUGAUCGUUGGGUAGUGAUUUUGCCUCUUUCACGCUGGAGCUUUGGUGAGUUUUGUUUCUCCCAUGUGCACGAUGUCUCUGCACUGAAUGUAAGAGGUACUGUUCCAACACCUGGAGCAUAUGAUCCGGUUGUGUGUUUACUCUCUUUUUUAUGAGAGGAUAUAGCAGUGCUGUUAAGAAUCAGUCAAAUAAACCGACUGAUUUUGUCAUCCGAUUACCUCAGCCAUGUCCCCUGCUUGGGACGAAUACUUUGCCACUGAUCCUUCCUCUCCGGCCACACCCUUCAGCCCUAACUGCUCGGCAUCGAGACACUCCGAUCAAGUUGCCAUUCGCCCUCCACAAAUGCAGAACGAAAAUGAGAUAUUGGCUCUCUUGGGGGAUGUAGAUGCAUUGCAGAAGCAAUACGAUGAAGGUCUGCACGAGAUUCAUGCCGUCAAGACACUGCUUUGUGUGGAGCAAAAGAAACGAAAGAUAGCCGAGACAACCUGUAUUGAUUUAGAAAGAGAAAAGCAACAGCUUUUGAAAGCUCAACUGGCAACCUACGAGAGAGCAUCGGAACAGCUUGAUUAUGCAAGGAAAUACGAGAAUGUGUUGCAGCUCUUCAAGGGUGCACCAGAGAAUUCGGACCGCAAUGAUAAGACUCAGGACCAGGAUAUUGACAUCCUAGCUCUCGACACUGCAAAACUUGGCUUCCAGGAGCAUCAGAAGACAAUUACGGAUCUUUUAAAACGAAGUGAAGCGAAAGUGGGAGAACUUCAUAAGCAAAUCAUGGUCUUAAGGGAGGAUGUCACUUUGAAGGAGUGUGCAAUUACUGCUCUCGAACAGCAGCUGGCACAGUCCGUAACUCCAGAUACACUCGAAAUGAAGCUACAGGAAGCUGAGAAGAGAAUGCACGAUUUGUAUCGGGAGGAGAUCGAAGGGCUUAGAAACAAGCUAAAAGCCGAAGAAGUCAACAACCAAAAACUCAAAUCCCAGCUGGAAGAUGCGCAUCGAACAUUGAUGGUUUCAAGCGUAAAUCAUGACGAUCAGCUGAGGGAGCUUAGUGCCAAUCGACAAGCUGAUAUUUUCAAGCAGAAAGUUUUGAAACUCAGAAAGGACAAUGAAGUUUUAAGGCGGCAAAUGCAACAGAACCUGAAAUAGAAACUGUCGGUCCAAUUUUGACACUCCUUUGUACAAAUGGUGGCGCAAUUUGGACGUUGCUUUGCAAAUUGAAUUUAAAAUUUUGAUCCAAAGGGUGACUAUAGAUUAAAAUCCCAGGAACAUAUUAGAAAUCGAUAAGCAUCACUACAAUACUCACGGUAGGGUCUGCAGCAUUGUUGUAAGAUUGAGCCACAUCGGAGAAAUAUCAAGAUGACCGACAAAUGAGAAAUAACGCGUUUCAAAAUUUGUUUAAAAAUCUGUUCAAUUAGGCGCUCGUUUUGAACCACAAUGUUGUAAAGUCUCAGAAACACA